AUGGUUGGCAUGGAUGUGGGAUUCGAGAAUCCGCUUUUUGCAAGCAUCGAGCUCAGCUACGAAGAGGCCGGAGCGCGUGUGUUGGCGCAUGUGACGUUGCCUGUUCGUAGCAGUUGGAGAGAUGGCCAGGUGGACAAGGAUCCUCAGGCUGAACCGCCCCAGAAGAUGCUGACGCUCUAUGAGAUGGAUUUGGGCCUGAACCACGUCACGCGGAAGUUUGCGGAUGCAGUGGACCACAGUGCCCAUGCGCUGAUUGCGGUCCCCGGAGGUGUGGACGGGCCGAGCGGCGUGCUGGUCUGUUGUGAGAACUGCCUCGUGUACAAGAAGCAGGGGCAUCCUGAUGUGGUUUGCGCGAUCCCAAGGCGGUUGGAAAUGGCCCAGGAGAAAGGCCUGCUUAUUGUAGCGCAUGCGACGCACAAGCUGAAGGACUUCUUCUUUUUCCUCAUCCAGAGUGAGUACGGAGACCUGUACAAGGUGACUUUGACACAUGAUGAGGAUCUUGUCUCCGAGGUUCAGGUCAAGUACUUCGACACCGUGCCCCUGUCGAAUGCACUCUGCGUGCUGAAGACUGGAUUCCUGUUCACUGCGGCGGAGUUUGGCAACCACGCGCUGUACCAGUUCCAGGGCAUUGGCACAGACGAAGAAGAUCCCAUGUGCACAUCUUCCCAUCCCCACGGAGCACAGGCCCUAGUGGCCUUCAAGCCUCGAGCACUCAAGAAUCUGAUGCUUUAUGACGAGAUGCCAUCUCUGUCUCCGAUCAUCGAUAUGAAGGUUCUCGAUGCCACCGGUGAGGGCAAGCCACAGCUCUAUGCCAUGUGCGGCCGUGGUCCACGAGCCUCCCUGAGAGUGCUGCGCCAUGGCUUGGCGGUGACGGAGAUGGCCGUCAGUGAGCUGCCGGGAAAGCCGAAUGCUGUUUGGACCGUGAAGGCCACCAUGGACAGCGAGUACGACCGCUACAUCGUGGUGUCCUUCGUAGACGUCACUCUCGUGCUGUCAAUUGGCGACACAGUCGAGGAGGUUUUGGACAGUGGAUUCCUGGCUACGGCUCCUUCGUUGCUCAUCCAGUUGAUGGCAGAUGAUUCUUACGUGCAGGUCCACCCGACAGGCAUUCGCCAUUUGCUGCCAAGAAGAACAAACGAGUGGAGGGUGCCAGGGCAGAAGCGCAUCGUAACAGCAGCUGCGAAUGAACGACAGGUGGUCAUUGCUCUGUCGGGCGGAGAGAUUCUCUACUUCGAGAUUGAUGAGAGCCACACGCUCAACGAGGUGGCCAAGCGUGACAUGAACUAUGAGGUGUUGUGCAUUGCUGUGCAGCCGGUUCCAGACAAUCGACAGCGUGCUUCCUUCAUGGCCGUGGGAGGCGUGGACAACACCAUCCGUAUCCUGUCGCUGGAGCGUGAGAGGCCGCUGAAGCAGCUCAGCGCCCAAGCCCUGCAAUCACCUGCCGAAAGCGUGUGCCUCUUGGAGAUGAAGAACCUGGGACAAGCCGAGGACGUUCAUAGCCUGUUCCUGAGCAUUGGUCUCAGCAGCGGCAUCUUGAUUCGCUCCGUGGUCGACUUUGUCACCGGCACGCUCAGUGACCAGCGCUCCCGAUUCCUGGGGGCCAAAGCAGUACGGCUUCACAAGGUUUCGGUCCAGGGAAUGCCAGCAAUGCUUGCUUUGAGCACGAAGCCAUGGCUUUCUUACAACUUCCAGGGCAAGAAUCACUGCACGCCCAUGAGCUACGAACAGUUGGAGUUUGCUUCCUCAUUCGCAUCGGAACAGUGCCCAGAAGGCUUUGUUGCGAUCUCUGGCAACACCUUGCGUAUUCUGGCAUGCGAGAGAUUGGGAGAGCUCUUCAACCAGACGGUGAUGAACUUGUCCUACACGCCUCGACGCUUUGUGCCACUUCCUCCCGCAGUGCUGCCACCGCCUGGCCAGCCAACCACCGACCCCAUCAUGUUGGCAAUCCUGGAAGCAGACCAUAAUGCGUACAACGAGGAGACGAAGCGUGAAAUCAGAGCAGCGCUGAAGAAGAUUCGCCUGACCAAGACAGUAGAUGACGAGCUCGAUGAUGUAAAGGACGAGGACGACGAGGAGGACCUCCCGGAAGCGCAGGUCGGUACCUUCAAAGCGGGUGAGGGCAAGUGGGGAUCCUGCGUGCGAAUCGUGAAUCCGUCGAACCUGCUGCCAGUCUUCAAGCUCGAUCUGGAUAUCGACGAGGCUGCAUUAUGCCUGACCGUGUGCUACUUUUCUCAGCUUGCAAACCAGCCUUGCCUCGUUGUCGGUACGGUCUACAACAUGACGUUGUACCCGAGACACGCCCCCAAAGCGACGAUCAAGACCUACAUGUACGAUGAGCGCUAUCAUCUGCAGCUCAUUCACUCCACGCCGUUGGAUGACGUGCCACUGUGCCUCUUCCCCUUCGAAGGUCGGCUGCUGGCCAGCGUCGGGAGGUGCCUCCGCAUCUACGAGCUCGGGAAGCGCAAGCUGCUGCGCAAGUGCGAGUACAAGAACAUCCCCGAGGGUCUCAUGUGGAUGCAUGUGAAGGGGGACAAGAUCUUCACAGCAGACUUGCGAGAGUCAUUUCACAUCUUCAAGUACCGCCGCUCGGACAAUCAGCUCUUCGUUCUCUCGGAUGACCAGGCUCCGAGAUGGACGACGUGCGCAACUGUCUUGGACAGCAUGACCAUGGCAGGUGCUGACAAGUUCGACAACUUCUUCAUCAGCAGAAUACCAGAUGAGGCCCGUGACGACGAAGGCGGUGACCACACUGGCCUGCGGUUGAAGGCCGACACUGCCUACCUCACCGGCGCCACGCCGAAGUUGGACAGCAUUGUGCAAUUCCAUGUUGGUGACACUGUGACGGCGCUGGAGAAGACGACGUUGGCACAGGGUGGAAGCGAGCUGAUCUGCUACUCUACACUCCUAGGUGCCAUCGGAGCCUUCUACCCCUUUGCAGGAAAGGAUGAGUUGGACUUCUUCCAACACCUGGAGAUGUUUGUGCGGGCCGAAAAGCCUCCGCUGUGUGGCAGAGACCACAUCAUGUACCGCUCGUACCAUUUUCCGGUGCAGAGCUGUGUUGAUGGCGACCUUUGUGAGCAGUUCAUGACCCUCACUGCUGAGAAGCAAAGGCUGAUUGCAAGUGAGCUGGACCGUACACCAGCAGAAAUUAUCAAGAAGCUGGAGGACAUGCGCAAUCGGCUGAUAUGA